UAAUAAAGGUUCGUGUCAUCUUUCUUAUAUUCUCCUCAAUUCGAUAUGUCUUCUUUGAAAAAAACGAAGCACUUUCAUUAUUAUUCAUUGUUAAUAAAGUUAAUAAGCGAAAAUUUUUGUUAAUUGUUUUCGAGCCUACUUUACCCCAUAGAGAUAUUGAAUAGAACGGGGUAUUUUUUUUGCCGCUAUAAUUUUGAAAAUGAACGUUUAAAUGACCCUCAAAAGUAAGUAAAUAGAUCCGAAACAUAUAAAAUGCGGUUAAUCCUGCUGUAGAGCAAGCUAUUAUUGCAAAAAUUGGUGAAUACAACCAACUAUCAUUAAGAAUUUCAUCUUUGGACCAAAAACAAGCAAGAGGUGGAAUACCACAAAGAGAAAGUGUACCUAAUAAAAAAGAAAUUUUUGUGAUUGGUACAUGUUUUGUUAAACCCCCCAUAAGAACCAUAUUCUGACUUUUAUCCGGAGAAUAUCCAACAAUAGUUUCCAUUGAAUGAAUAACAGAUCCGGAUCCUAAAAACAAUAAUGCUUUCGAAUAUGCAUGGGUAAUCAAAUGAAAUAAAGCAGUUCGAUAAGACCCCAUACCUAGAGCUAACAUCAUAUAACCCAACUGAGACAUUGUAGAGUAGGCUAAACUUCUCUUAAUGUCUUUUUGAGCAAGAGCUAAAGUAGCGCCUAAUAAUACUGUUAUUAUACCUAUCAAAGAUAUUAGAUUCAGUAUGUAAGGUAUGACUGUGAAAAGAGGAAGAAGCCGAGCUACAAUAAAAACUCCUGCCGCUACCAUAGUAGCAGCGUGUAUAAGAGCCGAAAUAGGAGUAGGCCCUUCCAUGGCAUCAGGUAACCAUACAUGAAGGGGGAAUUGUGCAGAUUUAGCAACUGCACCGGCAAAUACUAGAACGGCACACACAGUAAUAAAUGAUAAAUUGACCUCAUUUUUUAAAAUCAAGUUAUUUACUAUUUCGAAUAAAUCCCGAAAUUCAAAACUACCUGUUAUCCAAUAAAAACCUAAAAUUCCUAAUAAUAAACCAAAAUCCCCUACACGAUUAGUUACAAACGCUUUUUGACAAGCAUUUGCCGCAACCGGUCGUGUGAACCAAAAUCCUAUUAAUAAAUAGGAACACAUUCCAACCAAUUCCCAAAAAAUAUAAAUUUGUAUCAAAUUUGAACUAGUAACUAAUCCCAACAUGGAAGUACUGAAAAAACUCAUAUAAGCAAAAAAUCUCAAAUAUCCUUGAUCAUGAGACAUAUAAUUAUCACUAUAAAUAAGAACCAUAAUUCCAACACUAGUAAUUAAUAUUGACAUAAUAGAAGUAAGUGGAUCGAUUACGUAGCCCAAUUCUAAAGAAAAAUCAUUAUUGAUGAUCCAAGACCAUACAUAUUGAUAGAUAGAACUGCUAUUCAUUUGCUGAAUAGACAGAUCGAUCGAAAAAAUCAUGACUAUACUUAACAAUAGAACACUAGGAAAAGCCCAUAUACGACGGAGAUUUUUUGUUGCCGUCGGAAAAAGAAGAAGCCCCACUCCUAUUAACAUAGGAACUGGAAGUGGAAUCAAAGGUAUGAUCCACGCAUAUUGAUAUGUAUGUUCCAUAAAAAAUAAAAAGUAAUUAAUUGUUUCCGAUUCGCCAGAUCUUGCCUUUUUCGAAAGGAGUCAAUAAAAAAAAUAAAGAUAUGCACUAACUUAAACUAACUUAAAGAGAAUUUUAGAAUUUUCUAUUCUUAUUUAUUUUGAGUCUUUCCUAAAUACUUCAAAUAUUCAAAUCAAAAAAUGAGAAUUGGUCAAAUAAAUUACUAGUAAAAAGUGAAUACUUAGUUCUUAAUUAAGAUAUUUAUGAAGAUAGAAAAACUUACAAUUUUUAGUAUUAUUACAAAAAUUUCUCUCCCAUAGAGCAAGGAUGAAGAAUUAUACCAAAAAAAGGUCUUUGAUUCUGAUAUUAAUCAUAGGAUCAACUAAGAUCAACAACUUGGCCUAAUGAGAUAAGAACUCGCCAUUGUAGUUAGUUUAUUCAAAAUUAUUAACUAGUAUUAUGUCACGUAUCUUUUAACAGAUUAAUUACCAGUCCCAUUCAAAUUUGAAAAGUGAAAUUAGAAAUACCCCUUCCUCGGGCUUGACCAAUUAAUAGAAAAAAAGAUGAAAGUUUUUUCAGUAGGGAAAAGUUGGUUUCUUAAACUUUUUGAUGUAUUUUAUUACAUGUAAAUGAAAUAUCGAACGCAGAAAAUAGACAGAAACAGAAAUGGAGGUUGGAUUUUAUAAACUUCAACCAAUUUCGUUUCUAUGAUAUAUCGGAUUCUACAGAUAUAGAUUUAAGUGAGAAAGAAUGAGAAAUAAAGAUACCAAUCAGUACAAAUUUUUCUUUCUUCCAGAUAUUGUAGGGAAUAGAAAAAACAAUUUUUUUAAAUCACAUAAUAAUCAUAUAUCAUAUUCUUUUUUUUUUUUUUAGUAAUAUUUUAUACGAUUUUCACAUAUCUAUAUUUAUUUUUUAUGAAGAGAAUAUUAUCUAGAGAAUAAAUAGAUAGAUAAUGAAUAGUAAAGAACAAUUCGUUUUGAACAAUAGAUGUCUUUCACAUCCAACUAUAACAAUGAGUGAUCUCGUAAUUUUAAAAUGGCAGUUCCAAAAAAACGUACUUCUAUAUCAAAAAAGCGUAUUCGAAAAAAUAUGUGGAAAAAGAAGGGAUAUUGGGCAGCGCUAAAAGCCUUUUCGUUAGCGAAAUCCCUUUCUACCGGAAAUUCAAAAAGUUUUUUUGUGCGACAAACAAAUAAAUAAUCAAACGUUGGAAUAAUCUGAAUCAACUUGACUCGAAAAAUUGGCUAAUUUUAUUUAUAAUAUAAUUAAUAAUUUCCAUUACUUACUGUAUUGGACUAAUCAAUAUGAAAUAGAAUUCGUCUUGCUUUUCUGAUAUAUAUAAUAAUAAUUUGUCUCUUUACCGAAUUCUAAAAAUAAUACCUUUGUGUUUGAAAAAACGAAUAAAGAUAAGAUAUGGGGUUUUCCCUUUCUUUUUAGUAUAUUUUAUCAUUUUCGGGGUGGGGAUUCUUAUUUUCCCCAUCGACCCGCUUGUCACAAUCACAAUAAUAAAAAAUAAAAACGUUUUCUUUCUUUCUAUAUUUGGAAAAGGGCAAAUAUAAGAUCUUUAUUCAAAAUGAAAGGGUCAUUGAAACUAAUUCAUUAAGUUUCAAAUUUUGUUUGUAACUUUCCGAAUCAUUAUUUCUUUUAAUUACUAUCUAUACCCUCAUAUGCCUCUCGCUUUCAACCUAAUCGGUAAAAGGCGAUAUUAUGUACAAAAAUGUGUUAAUUUUUAAGUGAUUCAAAAUAGAUCCUAUUUUUUGUUCAUUGAUAAAAUGCAUUUUUUUGUUUCAGAUUUAUGAAAUCAAAUAAAUGAGAAAUGAAUCAUUAAAAAAUGAAAAUGAGAAAAGACAUUUUAUUUUGAGUUCUAUCCUUGGAUUGAGGGCAGAACUAUCUAGUUACAACAGUUCAAUUAAUUCUAAGAGAGCAUAAACUACACGAAAGCCCUAAGUUAAAUAAAACUGACACCCUACAUGAAAAUACUGAACCUUCAAAUCCCGAUUUGAACGAAUUUUUAUUCAUCAUUUUAAAUCUUUCUUAAAAAAUAUUGCAUUGACUUGACCCCUUUAAUCUCGACGAUUGAAUAUGAAUAGGCUAUUAUGAGUUCGAGCAAGCCGCUAUGGUGAAAUCGGUAGACACGCUGCUCUUAGGAAGCAGUGCUAGAGCAUCUCGGUUCGAGUCCGAGUGGCGGCAUGCCAUCUUCUAAAAAAGAUACAAUAGAUCCUAUAAUGAACUCAAUUCCUGAUUUCCCUUCCGUAAUUGAGGGAUUCCUCUUUUUUUUAAAGAUUUUUUAUGAUAUUUUCAACUUUAGAGCAUAUAUUAACUCAUAUCUCCUUUUCGAUCGUUUCAAUCGUAAUUACAAUUCAUUUGAUAACCUUAUUAGUCGAUGAAAUCGUAAGACUAUAUGAUUCGUCAGAAAA